CAGACUGACUCAGAUGCGCCAGCGCACGGCAGCGGCCUGAACGCGACGCGUCAAACUAAUUUAAUUUAUUUAAUCAUUUAGUUUUAACGUAAAUUAGUGUAAUUAGUGUAGCACUCGAUUAAUGGGAAUAGCAAUUUAAAGCACAAACAAAAAUGCCACGUUUUAAGACCAUCCUAGUGACGGGCGGCGCCGGCUACAUAGGCAGCCAUUGUGUGGUGGACCUGCUGAACGCUGGCCAUGACGUCAUCGCUAUAGACAACUUUGCGAAUGCAGUCUGUGAUGAGGAAGGCUCUCCGGCAUUGAAGAGGGCUCAACAGAUCACGGGCAAGAAGAUCGUGUUUUACGAAGCGGAUUUACUUAACAAACCCCAGAUUAAUGAUAUAUUUGAUAAGCACCCCAUAGACUGCGUGAUCCACUUCGCAGCGCUGAAGGCGGUCGGGGAGUCAAUGCAACAGCCGCUGCUGUACUACCAGAACAAUCUACUUGGCAUGCUCAACUUACUGGAGAUAAUGCGAAACCACGAGUGCUACCAAAUGGUGUUCUCUUCGUCUUGUACUGUAUACGGGGAGCCUGAAUACUUGCCUAUCACUGAGACACAUCCCACUGGUAGCAUCACCAACGUGUACGGAAGGACCAAAUACUUUAUCGAGGAGAUGCUGAAGGACCUCAGUGCGGCUGAUGAGAAAUGGAAUAUCAUAUCUCUUCGCUAUUUCAACCCAGUUGGGGCUCAUCCUUCGGGCCUAAUCGGCGAGGAUCCGACCAAGGAGUUCACCAACCUCAUGCCCUUCAUGGCACAAGUGGCGCUUGGCAAGAAACCUGUGCUCACAGUCUUUGGGAAUGACUACAACACACCAGAUGGCACAGGUAUCAGAGACUACAUCCACGUGAUGGACUUGGCGAGCGGACAUGUUGCGGCUCUCAACUACCUGGGAAGCAACCAAGUGGGGCUCAAAGUAUACAAUCUUGGGACAGGCAGAGGGGUAUCUGUCAAAGAGUUAGUGGAGGUAUUCGAGCGUGUGACGGAGACUAAGAUACCCCUAAAGUACGUGGACCGAAGGUUGGGAGACAUCACGGCCAUGUGGGCAGACGCUACGCUGGCCAGGGAGGAACUCGGCUGGUCCACCAAGCUUACCAUUGAGGAGAUGUGCACUGAUUUCUGGAGAUGGCAGACCAUGAACCCUGACGGCUACCCCAAGAAGAGCAAGAAGACCAGCGUCAUCGUCAACGGGAACAGCUAGCGUGCACGUCAUACGUCUUCAUACAUUAUAGAGCAUUAUUAAAUAAGUACACUAUUUAUAA